GUCAGCUUUCGGACCAGGUGUUGUUUGUGGCAAUUAACUGUUGGUGGAACCAGGGGAAAUGCAGAAAACAGAAGCACUUCUUUUAUUUCCCUGUGAUAUAUCUGUAUCAUCGGAGAUUUAUGGAAAGAUUGAAAGGACAUGCAAGGAACUUUAGAAACAUCUAGUCCAACCUUCUCAUUUUACAGAUGAGGAAUUUGAGUUUUGGACCAAUCGAAUACAAAGGCCCCAUGAGUGCUGUUUACAUUGAGAAGUUUGUCCGCCGGGUGAUGAAACCACUUCUCUACAUCCCAUCUCAAUCAGAAUUACUAGAUUUUCUCUCAAACUACGAGCCCGGAGUCCUUGGCUACUUUGAGUUCAGUGGCUCGCCCCAACCUCCUGGUUAUCUGACCUUCUUCACUUCAGCGCUGCACUCACUAAAGAAAGAUUACCUAGGAACAGUACGAUUUGGGGUUAUCACAAAUAAACAUCUUGCGAAACUGGUAUCCUUAGUACACUCUGGAAGUGUGUAUUUACAUAGACAUUUCAACACAUCACUUGUCUUUCCCAGGGAAGCCGUCAACUACACAGCAGAGAACAUCCAUAAGUGGGCCUUAGAAAAUCGAGAGGCACUCUUCCGAUGGCUGCGGCCCCAUGGCGGCAAGAGCCUCCUGCUGAACAAUGAACUGAAGAAAGGGCCAGCGCUUCUUGUAUUUAUACCUUUUAAUCCUUUAGCCGAAAGCCACCCUUUAAUAGAUGAGAUCACCGAAGUGGCCUUGGAGUACAACAACUGUCAUGGGGACCAGGUGGUGGAGCGGCUCCUUCAGCACCUGCGGCGAGUGGACGCCCCGGUGUUCCGGCCUCUGGUGCCUGAGCCUCCCGCGCAGCUGCCGGAGCCGCCGCUGAUCACAGCGUCCCCUUGCUGUAACACCGUGGUGCUGCCUCAGUGGCACUCUGUCUCCAGGACCCACAACGUCUGUGAGCUGUGUGUCAACCAGACCGCCGGGGGCGUCAGGCCGAGCUCGGUCGGCAUGCCACAGUGCAGCUUUUUUGAGAUGGCGGCAGCUCUGGAUUCUUUCUACCUCAAGGAGCAGACCUUUUAUCAUGUGGCGUCGGACAGCAUAGAAUGCAGCAAUUUUCUGAGUUCCUACAGCCCCUUCAGCUACUACACUGCAUGUUGCAGGACCAUAAACAGGGCCUUGAUGGGCUUCAUUGAUUCUGGACAAGGUGUCUUUGAAACCCCAACCAUUGCGUUUUCUUCCCUCGAGAAGAAAUGUGAGGCCGAUCCCCCAGGCUUCGUUCCUCACAUUGAGGAGAACAGGUAUCUCUUUCCUGAAGUGGACGCGAGUAGCACGAACUUCACAGGCCUGAGCUGCAGAACCAACAAGACCCUGAACAUCUACCUUUUGGAUUCAAAUUUAUUUUGGUUAUAUGCAGAGAGGCUGGGGGCUCCGAGCGCCACUCGGGUGAAGGAAUUUGCCGCAAUUGUUGAUGUGAAAGAAGAGUCUCACUAUGUCUUGGAUCCAAAGCAAGCUCUUAUGAAGUUCACCCUAGAGUCUUUUAUUCAAAACUUCAGCGUUCUCUACAGUCCCUUGAAAAGGCAUCUCAUUGGAAGUGACUCUGCCCAGUUCCCUUCUCAGCAUCUAAUCACUGAAGUGACAACUGAUACCUUUUGGGAAGUGGUCCUUCAAAAACAGGACGUUUUGCUGCUCUAUUAUGCACAGUGGUGUGGCUUCUGUCCAUCCCUCAAUCAUGUCUUUAUCCAGCUAGCUCGCCUCCUGCCGACGGAUACGUUCACUGUGGCAAGGAUUGAUGUGUCCCAGAAUGACCUUCCUUGGGAAUUUAUGGUCGACCGUCUUCCCACCAUCUUAUUUUUUCCCUGCAACAGAAAGGACCGUAGUGUGAAAUACCCCGAAGACCUUCCCAUCACCCUUCCCAAUCUGCUGAGGUUCAUUUUGCAUCACUCAGACCCUGCUUCCGCCCCCCAGAACUUAGCUAACCCUUCUACCAAAGAGUGUCUUCAGAGUGAGGCAGUCUUCCAGCAGGGGCACAUCUCCCAUUUGGAGAGAGAGAUCCAGAAGCUGAGGGCAGAAAUCAGCACCCUGCAGCGCGCGCAGGUGCAGGUGGAGGCGCAGCUCUCCAGCGCGCGCAGGGACGAGCACCGGCUGCUCCAGCAGAAGCAGACCCUGGAGAAGCAGCACGGCCUGCUCCAGCUGCACAGUGAGCAGCUGCAGGCCCUGUACGAGCAGAAGACCCGCGAGCUGGAGGACGUGGCCCGCAAGCUCCAGGAGCUGGCCGACGCCUCGGAAAACCUCCUCACCGAGAACACGUGGCUCAAGAUCCUGGUAGCCACCAUGGAACGGAAGCUGGAGGGCAAGGACAGAGCCGAAAACCUCCCUCCCCCACAAGAGGCAGGCUCUGACCACCCCGAGCCUCCAGGUGCCCCCCGGCUACCUGGCAGCACCCCUCUGCCUUCCAACAGCAGCUCCACGCUGGCGUCCGAAAGGAGCAAUGAGAGUAGGACAGACUAACUUGGAAAAUGACAUGAAGAAAUCAGAGGUGAAAACUGUACAUUGGAAUAUAUUUAUGCAAAUUUUAUUGAAAUUUAUUGUAAAUAAAGAUUUUCUCAGUGGUCUAGAAAAUCAA